AUGGCGCAAAUCCUCCUCGACCUCUUUUACUCCUUCGGGAACUGCCUCAACUGCUUCCCCGGGAACCCCAACUUGAAGAUCAAUAACCGAAGCUUCAAGAUCCUAAGACUUCUCGGAGAAGGCGGUUUCUCAUACGUCUACCUCGUCGAAGACACCUCUACCCAUGAGCUUUUCGCCCUCAAGAAGAUCCGAUGUCCUUUCGGCGCCGAAUCAGUCCAGCAGGCCAUGCGCGAGGUUGACGCCUACCGCCUCUUCUCCCACGUCCCGACCAUCAUCUCUGCCAUUGACCACUCGGUUGCGACCGAGCGUGGCGCCGACGAGUCUACGAAAACCGUCUACGUCCUCCUACCGUACUACAAGCGCGGCAAUCUACAGGACAUGAUCAAUGCGAACUUGGUCAACCACGAUCGCUUCCCCGAGCGCCGCCUCAUGUUGCUUUUCCUUGGGGUGUGCAAGGCUCUCCGUGCUAUGCAUGAUUACAAGCCUGCCGUAGAGCGCAUGAACAUGGGCCGAGAAGAGGAUGAGAUAAACAAUGGCGAAAGAAAUAACACAAGAGGCAAGCGAACUGAGGAAGAGGAGGAGGGUGAGCAAGAGCGAGGUCUGCUGGAAGGCGAAAGCCAAGUCAACGGUGGCAGGUCAAUUCAGCAUUAUGCCCAUCGAGAUAUCAAACCAGGUAACAUCAUGAUUGACGACACUGGUUCAACUCCGAUUCUUAUGGAUCUUGGAUCCGUUGCGCCCUCGCCUAUUCCUGUGACAUCACAAUCUCUAGCCCUCCAGAUCCAAGACACAGCCGCCGAGCACUCAACAAUGCCUUACCGUGCUCCCGAGCUCUUUGAUGUUCAGACCGGCAUGGUGAUCGACACAAAGGUUGAUAUUUGGUCUUUGGGCUGCACGCUCUACGCCUGCCUCGUUGGCAAGUCACCCUUUGAGAUGCGUUCAGACGAGACUGGCGGUACUCUGUCGCUGUGUGUUCUGGGCGGUGACUGGCGUUUCCCCGACGAGGGCCCUGCUGGUGUCAAACGUAAUAACAGCAUGCGCCCGCAGCAGGGACAACAGCAGCAACAGAAAGCACCUGCGGUUGAGAUCAGCGAGCCUAUUCGCGAAGUCGUGAGGAAGUGUCUUAGUGUCGAGCCUGCGGAGCGGCCUGACAUUAACGAACUCAUUCAAAUGGUCCAGACAGUCAUUGAGGAGCUGCCUGAUGAUUCUAAUUAG